CUGCUAUGGCUCGUACCAAACAGACCGCUCGCAAGUCCACCGGCGGCAAGGCCCCGCGCAAGCAGCUGGCCACCAAGGCCGCCCGCAAGAGCGCGCCGGCCACCGGCGGCGUCAAGAAGCCCCACCGCUACCGGCCCGGCACCGUGGCGCUGCGCGAGAUCCGGCGCUACCAGAAGUCCACCGAGCUGCUGAUCCGCAAGCUGCCGUUCCAGCGGCUGGUGCGCGAGAUCGCGCAGGACUUCAAGACCGACCUGCGCUUCCAGAGCUCGGCCGUCAUGGCGCUGCAGGAGGCCUGUGAGGCCUACCUCGUGGGUCUGUUUGAGGACACCAAUCUGUGCGCCAUCCACGCCAAGCUCAUGUCUGGUCGCGGCAAAGGCGGGAAGGGCUUGGGCAAGGGAGGCGCCAAGCGCCACCGCAAGGUCCUGCGCGACAACAUCCAGGGCAUCACCAAGCCCGCCAUCCGCCGCCUGGCCCGGCGCGGGGGAGUCAAGCGCAUCUCCGGCCUCAUCUACGAGGAGACCCGCGGGGUGCUCAAGGUCUUCCUGGAGAACGUGAUCCGCGACGCCGUCACCUACACGGAGCACGCCAAGCGCAAGACCGUCACCGCCAUGGACGUGGUCUACGCGCUCAAACGCCAGGGACGCACGCUCUACGGCUUCGGCGGUUAAGGAACUUUCAAAUUCCUAGCUAAAUCUACCAAAGGCCCUUCUCAGGGCCGCCC